AUGCUCCCUCACGCCAAGUUCUGGAGAAGCGAACGUGAUGCUGUGGCAUUACCUUCGCCGACCAACAUCGUCCCAUUCGCCGGACGCAUUGGUGCAAACCAAGAAUUCUCAGUGGACGCGAAAAAUAAUUGCACGCAGAUAGAACUGCUGCAGAAGUUUCCCGAUGCUGCACCCUGGAUUCCAUUGAGAGAUGCCCUAUCUUUGCGACACAUUUUGCAGCCAGAGUUAUGGAAGGCCGCUACUAUUGAAGCAGUUGGUGUGGGCCUUGGUGAGCUUGUCAACACGUUGGCAACUGGGGCUCUUGUACCAAGUUUACUUGGUGGACUGACGGCGAUCCUCGUCCUUCCGUUGUUGAUCUUUGCUACUGGUCCCGUUUCUGGAGCCCACCUCAAUCCUACCAUCACUUUCGCCACGUUCUUUGCGCGCCUGGCGACAUUGCCGCGAGCUAUCCUUUACGUAGGGUUUCAGACCUUGGGUGGGGCCAUAGCAGGUUUGCUGUUAAGGGCGAGCUUCGACACGAGAUCUUUCAUGGUGCCGGGUUGCUAUAUUGAUUCGACAAAGGUCUCAACAGGCAGUGCAUUUGCCCUUGAAUUCACUACAGAUUUUGCUUUGAUAUUUCUUUCUUUCGGUGUUGGCCUUGACCCUCGGCAGCGCUCUGUAUUCGGGCCAGCCUUGGGUCCUAUCUUUGUGGGCAUUGUUCUAGGGAUGUGUACUUUUGUGACGGGUUUCAGUCGUAUUGGAUACACUGGAUUCUCGGGGAAUCCUGCACGGUGCUUCGGGGCAAUGGUUGGCUCGCACUUUGCUUCGUAUCACUGGGUACAUUGGGUUGCGCCGCUGAGUGCAUCUGUCAUACAUGGGAUGCUAUAUCACUUUAUUCCACCUUACUCUCGAAAGAGUACUGCACGUGCAAGGGCCGAAACAUAA